AAGUUUCUUGUUGCACAUUGAACUCAGUCUCGAAUUGAACUUGCUCCAAUUACUACUCCUCACAAGCAGUCUGAUAUGCCUCGAGUGACAGAUGCGACCAAUUCUGACUCGGAUGCGGACAGGCCACGCGUGAAAAAGAGGGUAGAGUACUCGUCCAAGAAGAAUCGCGUAUCCCCUUCAGAGCCUGAACUCGCGUCGGAGAAUGACGAGACUGGUGCAGAAGAGGGCAACGAGGAGGAUGAGGAGUAUGAGAUUGAGGAAGUCAUGGAAUCUCAAAAAGGUUAUUUCGGUGAUGGUAAAUUUGGCUAUUUUGUCAAAUGGAAAGGUUAUGCCUCGGAGGAUAACAGCUGGGUGCACGAGGAUGAUGCAGCCAAUGCGCAGGACCUCAUUACUAAAUAUUGGGAAAACAAGCGCAAAGCCAGUAAGGGCGGUCCCCGCAAGUCUAUAGAUGCUGGCAAACCAAAAACCGGCCGUAAAUCCACCGUUAUAGAGGAGACUCGAGAGCCCACGCCCCCCGCAAAAAAACGUAGUAGGCCAAAGAAAGCAGACCAGGAGGAGCGGUCGGAGAAAGAGCAGGAAGCCAGCGACGACGACGACGACGACGAAGCUAGAGCAAAGAAGAAACCACGUAAGAGCCAAGGGGCUUCUGCGAAGAAGGUCACGAAACAGGUGGCUGAAGACGAAGAGGUGGUCACUUUCGGUAGCAUGAAGAAGCAUAUGACUAUUGCUAGUUGGGAGAACCUUGUCGAGACCAUUGACACGAUCGAACGCGGAGACGAGGGUGACCUCUAUGUGUACUUCAAGAUAAAGCACAGCGAUGUUCGAAUGCGGGAAGUUUCCCGACUUUGUGCCCAAAAGUUCCCUCAGAAGCUCAUCAAGUUCUAUGAGUCCAAUCUGCGAUGGAGAAUUGACGGCGAAGAUGCGAAUUAACACCGUACGACAUAGCGGCAUCCAAUCAGGAUUCCUUGUUUUGUUUUGCUCAUUGCUUUAUCUCAUUUCAUACAUACCAAACAUGACUGAACUUGUUAAUCGUGACUUGCUUCAGGUUCACAUGUCCAAAAUUAAUGGGAUAUGUCAUACUUUUCCAGGACACUCAGGUUCCGGCCAUUAUGUUAAUGUAGGGCUCUUGUAUUUCAUCCGCGUGAUCCCUGCAUCACCUGCAAAUGACAAAUCCGCACAGCAUUGCCCACGCAUUUCCGGAA